AUGGCCGCCGUCCACAAGAGCAUUGCACCGGCGGUACUCCUCCUUCUCCUGCCGCUGAUGCUGUCUUUCACGGCGUCGGCACGGCACUUGACUCCCACCGCGGAUUACUCGGUGCUGAGGAAGGUGCCUCGUGGACCAGACCCCAUAACGUCCGACCCACCGCCGCCGCCGCCAGCCAAGAGCACACAUUUUCCGGUGCUGAGGAAGGUGCCUCGUGGGCCAGACCCCAUAACAUCUGACACGCCCCCACCGCCGGCCACGAGCGUGCACUUCUCCGUGCUGAGGAAGGUGCCUCGUGGGCCGGACCCUAUAACAUCGGACCCACCGCCGCCGCCAGCCACCAGCGCACACUUCUCGGUGCUUCGGAAGGUGCCUUUCAGACCAGAUCCCAUAGUAUCUUAUGCUCCACCGCCACCGGCGACAAGCGCUCACUUCUCGAUUCUCCGGAAGGUCCCCCGUGGGCCGGACCCCAUCACGUCCGACUCACCGCCGCCACCUCCGAGGGACCUCUCGGUGCUCAGGAAGGUUCCUACCGGACCAAACCCAGAGACGUCCGACUCACCGCCACCACCUCCGAGGGACUUCUCGGUGCUCAGGAAGGUUCCUACCGGACCAAACCCAGAGACGUCCGACUCACCGCCACCACCUCCGAGGGAUUUCUCGGUGCUCAGGAAGGUUCCUACCGGACCAAACCCGGCGACGUCCGACUCACCGCCACCACCUCCGAGGGACUUCUCGGUGCUCAGGAAGGUUCCUACCGGACCAAACCCGGUGACGUCCGACUUACCGCCGCCACCACGGCUGCCAGCUGCAGCUUCUCGGGCGUGA